AGGACCAGAGCCCAGAGGCAAAUCACUAGCAUGCGAUUCGCUCCCAUCCUCCGGAACCCGCGCCGCCGCCGCCUCCUCCGCUCCGUAAACCCUAGCCUCGCCGCCAUGUCGCCGCCGGCCGCCGCCCACCUCGCCACCGCCUCCGAUCCCGACGAGGACCUCUGCUUCACCACCGAAUCGGUCGCGCCCGCGGAGGAGACCGCCCCGCCCUUGCCCGCCCCUCCGCCGCCGGUGUCCGCGGAGGAGAGGGUGGAGCGCGCGUGGGCGCACUGGAGGCGGCUGGGCUCCCCGAAGAUGGUGGUGGCGCCCAUGGUGGACAACUCGGAGCUCCCCUUCCGCAUGCUGUGCCGCCGCUACGGGGCGACCGGGGCAUACACGCCCAUGCUCCACUCCCGCAUCUUCUCCGAGAACGAGAAGCACAGGGCCAUGGAGUUCACCACAUGCAAGGAGGACCGUCCACUUUUUGUUCAGUUUUGUGCAAAUGAUCCUGACAUUUUGUUACAAGCAGCAAAGAUUGUGGAACCGUACUGCGACUAUGUCGAUAUCAAUUUUGGAUGCCCACAGCGCAUUGCUAGAAGGGGGUACUAUGGUGCGUUUCUCAUGAACAACCUUCCUCUCGUAAAAUCCCUUGUACAGAAUCUAUCAGCAAACCUCCAUGUUCCAGUAUCAUGCAAGAUUCGCAUAUUCCCGCGACUGGAGGACACACUGGCCUACGCAAAGAUGCUUGAAGAAGCUGGUGCUUCUCUGGUAGCUGUGCAUGGGCGGACUAGAGAUGAGAAGGAUGGGAAGAAAUUUCGAGCUGACUGGGAUGCCAUUAAAGCUGUCAAAGAUGCUCUUAGGAUACCUGUACUUGCAAAUGGAAACAUUCGCCAUUUGGAUGAUGUGAAGGAUUGCCUUGAACAUACUGGUGCUGAUGGUGUGCUUUCAGCUGAAACUCUUCUAGAAAAUCCAGCAUUGUUUGCUGGUUUCCGGACAAAGGAAUGGAAAGAAAAUGGUGAUGAAGAUGAAGCUAGUGGCUUAGACCAGGCUGAUCUAGUCAUUGAGUAUUUGAAACUGUGCGAGCAGUACCCUGUUCCAUGGAGAAUGGUUCGAUCCCAUGUUCACAAGAUGCUAGGGGACUGGUUUAGGGUGCAUCCUCAAGUGAGGGAGGAACUCAAUGCUCAGUCCAAGCUCACUUUCGAGUGGUUGCAUGAUAUGGUAAAGAGGCUGAAGGAUCUUGGUGGAGGAAUACCGCUUUACAGAAACAAUAAUGCUUUACAGACUACAUCAAAUGGGCUAGCUGCAAGCAACGCCUGAUGAUCACCUUCCAAUUUUGAUCAUUCAACAUAUAGCUUACCAAUUUAUCAACCAAGAUUUUAGCAACAAAGCACUUGGUUUUAACUUACAUCAGUAUACAUCGAAACAUCAUUGUUGUAGUGCAACAUCACAUUUCCUGAUAAGAAAGGAAGUUUUGAGUAAUCAUUUUUACCUGUUGCUCAGUUAGCAUGUUUUGAGCAACUACUACGAUCACCUUAUUAUCUGUAACAACUGGUGUAUAACUAAUUCUAUACUUGCAUGCAUUAUUGUAAUGUUCCGCAUACGGUCGAUUUUUUAUGAGAAUGAUAGCUGCUUGCUGGUUGAGCUGGUGCA